AGGAGUUUAUUCCGGGAGCUCCGAUUGUUUAUUGCGCCGCGUGACGUCACAGCUGUAGUUCGCCUGGAACGAGCGGAGACGAGCUGACGACCCGAGUCCGCGAGAAACACCGAGGGCACCGAGGCGUCUGUGCUCGUCCGUCCGGAGGCUCCGGGGCUCCUCGUCGGUCGGGGAUACACGAAGCUAACGUUAGCUCCCCGUUAGCAGCGGGACUCCUCAGCCCGACAGUCGGGAGCGGAGACGCGGAGAGGUCGCUGGACGUCACACCGAGGCACGGCAGCGACCUGUCACCAGCCUGCUCCAAGUUACGGCUUCAGGCCAGAGUGGGUUUCCUUCAGGGGGACAGAAGAAGCGUCUGACCGCAGGGGCCUUUAUUCAACGAACCGGUGGAGUCCACCAGACAGAGGUGCUGCGGAUAAUCACUGGCUGUGAUCACUGAUCCCUGAGGAGCAUGAGUCAUGACCUCAGUGGUGCUUGUCGACACUGGUGGGACGGUGGUGGAGUAUGUCACAGCUGAAGAGGAUGACUCCCAGCAGGAGGGAGAGGGAGAGUGUGAGGUGGACCUGGAGUUUGAGGGAGAGGUAGAAGGCGAGUGUGAAGCUGAGGAGGCCUUUGAAGAAGUGCAGGACAGAGAGGAGGCUGAUAACUACCCAGCAGUCAUAGUAGAGGAGGUACCCGGUGCCAGCCUGUCCGAUGAGCGGGGUUACUCCGCCCAGGUGUUCGUAUAUAAUGACGAGGCCUAUCUGAUGCAGGAAGUAGGCGAUGAGCAGGAGGUGGAGACAGAAGAGGAGGCAGUGGAGGCUUCUGUCCAUGGCACCAGUAUUCACUGCUCCGAUAAGACCAUUGAGGCUGCAGAGGCUCUGCUACGCAUGGAUUCACCUUCCAGCCUCAGAGGAGACCGUAGCCCAGAAGCUUUUAUCCCGCCAUGCAUAGUGACACCCGACUUCCUUCACGCAGCCAUGCGUCCCGACAUGAUUACAGAGACAGAGGUGGAGAUAUCGACAGAGGAGUGUUGCGAGGAGGAAGAUGAGGAGAUGGUCACCCUGCUUGAGGAACCAGAGCCAGGCCACGAGCCUGUCAGGAAGAGGAGAGCUGGACGGAGGCCAAAGACGCAUCAGUCAUCUAUUUCCAACGGUUCACUGGACCUCGGCAUCAAGAAGAAACCGAGAGAAGGGAAAGCAGGGAGCACCACCUACCUAUGGGAGUUCCUGUUGGACCUCCUCCAGGACAAAAACACCUGUCCCAGGUACAUCAAGUGGACUCAGAGGGAGAAGGGCAUCUUCAAACUGGUCGACUCAAAGGCCGUGUCCAAGCUGUGGGGGAAACACAAGAACAAACCAGACAUGAACUAUGAGACCAUGGGACGGGCACUCAGAUAUUACUACCAGCGCGGCAUCCUCGCCAAGGUAGAGGGCCAGCGGCUGGUUUACCAGUUCAAAGACAUGCCCAAAAACAUAGUCAUCAUCGACGAUGAUAAGGCAGAAAUGCCCUCCCCCGAAGAUCUGAUGGGCUCAGAGACCCUAUCCUACGAGCGCGUGCCGCCUCCAUCCGACAUGCUGCUGCAGGCGACGGAGCUGUCAUCGUCCAAGAAGCCAAACAUCUUGCGGGGCGGGAACAGGGCAAACGUGGUCCAUGCUACCAUCGCCACGGGCAGCAAAACAGUGGCAGGAGGUGGCGCAGCAAUGAUGGCAGGGAUACCGAGGAUAAUAUCUACUUCAGGAGCAUAUGAUGGGAGUCAGCAGUCUCAUACGGCUAUCAUCCCAACCGCCACUGGGCCCAGGACAGUGCGUGUGGCAAUGCAGGUGCCUGUAGUCAUGACAACAUCACUGGGUCAGAAGAUUUCCACUGUUGCUGUGCAGCAGCCGACAAGGACAACAGGGGGAACCGGCCACACCACCCUCCUCACCAACACUUCUGCUGCUGGUAACACCAACUCACAACAGAAGGUUAUGAUCCAGACCAUCCCCACCAUGGUCCCAGCCACAGCAGAGAACGGAGACAAGAUCACUGUCCAGCUGGCCAAGAUCAUCACAAUCCCAGCCCACCAGUUAGCUCAGUGUCACCUCCAAACUUCCACAGGCUCAAACAAGUCCAGCAUCCGGGGCUCCUCAGCGGGGAUCAGCCUCAUCGGGAACCCCCUGACGGUCCGGGCUCUGGGACCUGUCAACGUCGCACCAGGAACGCAAGUGAUGAGACUCACUGUGCCGACGCAGGCGCAACAACAGACUCUGGUGGUGACCCAGGCGGGUAGCGGGGCGGGCGUAGUAACCGUAUCGACAGCCAAUCAGACGAUGACGGCACACCCUCGGAUCAUAAGCGGCAUCUUUAAUGGUUCAGAGCUGGUGAUAGGAUCACAGGGAACGGGAGGAGUCUCAAUGGAGAAGUUGAAGGCAGCAGGAGUCCAGUUCCAAACUGUGCAGAUGCCGAUGGCGGUCCAGCAGAACCAGGUGAACCCCAAAACUGUCCCGAACGUCCAAUCAGAGGCUGUGGAUGCUGAGGUGGUUAUCAAACUGGAAACACCGGACGUGACGAUAAAGACUGAAGAGCCUGAGUGUUGAAAUGAACACAUUUCAGAGUGGUAGUUUGUAUUUGUCUGACGUCAUUUACUCUUGUUAUAACCAGCAGCAGUCUGUGAGACUUUAAAAGACUCCUGAAGGCCUGUUUUUAGUCCUGAACUUUGUUUUCACAUCGUCUUUGUCGCUACUUAGAACUUUACUGAUCCAAGCCGGUCCUCAGAACCACACUGAAACCUCUGAGUGUCGUGUAUGGAGUUCACAGAAAUACACACAGACUUUAAAGGGACUUGUUGUGAAAGGUAAAGGGACCAACCUUGAUCACUACAAUGAUGCCUUCUGAAUGGAUCGCUGUCGCUGUCAAAUUUUGGGGGGGGAAAGGAGAAAACCUUGAAAAUACAAAAAAAAAAGCUGAAACACUACAAAAUGAGGCAAAUAGUUACAACCAAACAAAAUGAAAAGGAGAAAUACACAAUGGAGGUGUAAUUAAGCAUUUGUAGAGACCAUUCGUUUAUAAUUUUGCCACUUCAGAUGUUUAAACCAGCAACUUCUUUCUUCUUUUUUUACUUAUAUCACUGUGCAGAUCAAGUGUGGGUGGUGCUACGAGAGUGCUAAGAGUGAGAGAAAGACAGAGAAAGUGGAGCCGUAGGACGCUCAAAGAAGGAACAAUAUCAGAGAGAGAAUGGUCAUGUAUGUACAUAUUUAUAUAUAUAUCUCUACUAUUUACAGUUUACGGAGCUAAAGUUAACAGCCCUAGAUUUUAAUUUUGACUUUCUUUUUCAUGUAUUGUCCGAACAUUAAGCUGAACUUUGUUUUUGUGUUUUGAUACCUUGUACCAAGCACAGUAUUACUGAAACUAGGUGAACUAAUAUUUGUAUUAUUAUUAUUAGUUCCACUGUAACUAUCGGGCUGUUAAACUCUCAUUUAGAUUGAAACGGCAAAAUGUCAUAGAUCAGUGGCCAGAUUGUUUUGCAGUGUCUCUUCCAGUGUCUGAAAAAAUCUCAAGGCAUGAAUUUCAGACUUAUUUCACAAAAGGAUCUUGGCUAUUUCUCCAUUAUUUUUCUUUUUUAAGUUUGCUCUUUUCACAACUCUACACAGUCUGGCUGCACAGAAAUGCAAUGAAUGCAACUCAGAGCUGGUGCUUGCUGCCAUGUCUUGGAUUCAAUUCAUAUAGGAAUGUAUGUAAACACAGAGAUCAAUACUUAAUUGAAUCAAUUAUUUUAAUUAUUGAAAAGAGCAUUGAAAUCACAAGUUUAUGCAAAAAUGUUGCAAAAAAUAUAAAACCACUGUGGAUACCAGGUCACUUUACUUAAAACAGAGGCCAAUUAGCCAGCAUACAUUUUAUUACUGCCUUUUUGGCCCUGCCCCAACAUUUCAUUAUUUUAUUUUUUAUCUGAAGAGAGAAAGAUGUUUUGUGUUCAGACUGGACUUUUUCUAUAUUCAACAUUUGAAGUAUAUUCUAUUUUGUUGUACUCUUGUUUCAAAGUGUAUUAAAGUAGAUUUUACUGAAAUAUAAAAAGAAA